UCCCCCAGCCCCUGAUGGACAACCUGGAGUCCCAGACCUACGAGGUCUUUGAGAAGGACCCUAUCAAAUACUCCCAGUAUCAGCAGGCGAUCUACAGGUGCCUGCUGGACCGGGUGCCUGAAGAGGAGAAGGACACGAAUGUGCAGGUGGUGAUGGUGUUGGGGGCUGGCCGGGGCCCCCUGGUCAAUGCCACGCUGCGGGCGUCCCGCCAGGCCAGCCGGCGGGUCAAGAUCUAUGCCGUGGAGAAGAACCCCAAUGCUGUGGUGACACUGGAGAGCUGGCAGUACGAGGAGUGGGGAUCCCAGGUGACCGUGGUCUCGUCCGACAUGCGGGAGUGGUCGGCACCUGAGCAGGCCGAUCUCCUGGUGUCAGAGCUGCUGGGCUCCUUUGCCGACAACGAGCUGUCCCCCGAGUGCCUGGACGGGGCACAGCACUGCCUGCGGGCGGGCGGCGUGAGCAUCCCCAGCACCUACACGUCCUUCCUGGCGCCCAUCUCCUCCUCCAAGCUGUACAACGAGGUGCGGGCCUGUCGCGAGAAGGACCGGCACCCUGAGGCGCAGUUCGAGAUGCCCUACGUCGUGCGACUCCACAACUUCCACCAGCUGGCGCCACCCCAGCCCUGCUUCACCUUCCACCACCCGCACCCAGACCCGGCGCGGGACAAGAGCCAGUACCGGCAGCUGGAGUUCGCGGUGGAGGUGAACACGGUGCUGCACGGCUUCGCCGGCUACUUCGAGACCACGCUCUACGGCGACGUCACGCUCAGUGAGGGCGGGGGGGCACUGGGGGUUUCCCAUGCGAUACCGUUCAACGCCUUACUGAAAUCGAGGUAA